CAUUGACGUUUCUUCUGCGUAGCUCUAGCCAAGUCAGCUUCAAUUUAGAAUUUACGAAAUUAUUUAAUUAUUGUAUUAAUAAUUUGCACAAAUAAUAAUUUAUUUAAUAUUUCCCUGUAACAAGCUUAUAAAUACAUUCUGAACACCUCCACUUAAGUUCAAGAUGGUGAAACUGUAUGCGAUCUUAGUUCUUUACAAAGGAGUUAACAGUGGGACACUGCUCAAAUCUGCCUAUGAUUUGCAAAGUUUCAGUUUCUUUCAGAGAAGUUCUGUGCAAGAGUUUAUGAUGUUUGUCAGCAAAACUAUGGUAGAAAGAACACAGCAAGCUUCCAGGCAAUCAUUCAAAGAAGGAGAAUACAUGUUACAUGUGUAUGUGAGGGCAGACAACCUUGCUGGUGUGCUUAUAUCAGACCACGAGUACCCAAACCGAGUGGCCCAUACUUUGAUUACAAAAAUUCUCGAUGAAUUUAGUGCUGCAGUACCCGCUAGUAAUUGGCCGACUGCCAAUGAAGCUACAGUGGACUUCCCAAUCUUGCCCCAACAUUUAACUAGAUAUCAGAACCCCAAAGAAGCUGAUGCAUUAACUAAAAUACAGAAUGAGUUGGAUGAGACAAAGAUCAUAUUACACGACACAAUAAAAGCUGUUUUGGAGAGGGGAGAGAAAUUGGAUGAUAUGGUUGCAAAAUCCGAGAGCUUGACUAUGCACAGCAAAUUGUUUUAUAAAACGGCUCGCAAAACAAACAGCUGUUGUAAUUUCUGAGGAAUUUAUGUAAUUCCUUAUUGAGAAUGGCCAUAACUGUUACGGCAAGAGGAAUUUAAAAUAGGAAAAAUGUUCUAUGUACCUUGUUAAUCUGUGUGUUUCAUGAACCAUAUUAGCUUGCAUAGGUGUGAUUCAAUAUGUCCAUACAUAAAUGAACAUAAUUAUAACCUGUAUGGGAUAGUUAUACACAUUUUUUUUACUUGAAAUUAUAAUAUUUAGCCACAUUAUUUAGUUUUUAGAUUUAAUGUAUUACAAUGAUAUUGUAUGGUAAUGUGAAUUAUUCAAAGUUAUAUAACUUGUUAAUGCUUAGGUUACAUUUAUGUUAUUAUAUUUUUCCAAAUGCUAGAGUGGUGGACCUAUAUUUUGAUAAGACUAUUUUAUCAAGCAUUAACUUUGAAUGUAAUGCUAAUAGUUAAAUGUUAUUACUGUGCUAAUUUGUAAAGUAAUCAAAUGUAUGAUGGCAAUGACUGAAAGUAUUGUAUGGGUCAGAGAUUGCUUGGCAACUGUUAUACAAUGGUGAAGUAUUAAUACAAGAGGAACAUAAAUUUAACAAACUUGAAUUCUUACUUAAAUAUACAAAAAAACUAAUCAGAUUGUUGUCUUUAUAACAGAAAGUUAUAGAAACAUCUGAAUCAUUCCUCUGUCUUUCUUUAACAAUUGUCAGUGUAGUCAGAGUGAAUCAUUGCCUAAUCUAAUUAGUAAAAACCAUUUAAAUAUUACACGGUACUAUUUAUGGAAUGUAAUGUAAUUAACCCUCAAAUUGCCAAGGUCAAGAAUGGAAUCUAUGAGUUAGAAUUGGUUUAUAAAACAUUCCUGUGAGAGACUUCUUCUUUAAGUGGCCUUUUUUCAAUGUCAGCUUGCAUUCACAGUGCACACUAACUUAACAAUAAUAGACAGUUAAGGGUACCCUAAAAUGUUGUGUGAGCAAAAGCCACUGCUUUUCUAGAGUGGUAGUAAAUUAUUUUUGCCAAGAAAGUGGUAUUAAAAAAAAACUCAAAAUUACACCUUUGAUCCUGUAGACAACAUAGCAUUUUUGGGUAACCCUUUUCAUUCAUGUAUGGUUAUUAAUUUAAUUAGGAGCUUCAUAAUGAUGCUGAAUUUUUGUUAGCAUUAUUUACAUUACUGCAACUAUUUUAUCAAAGGUAUCUUAUUAGUACUAUGUGUAGAGUGAGAACAAAGAUUAUGAAAUUAAGUCGGUAACAUCACACACACGUGCUUAUAAAAACAUUAUUACUUAUUUUAUUUAUUAUUUCUGAUUUUUAAUUUUUGUUUGUAAUAAAGCAGGAGCGCAAAGUUAGCAUUUAUAGGUAUCUUAAAAUGUAUGUAAGAACGAAUGGUGAAAUAAUUGUGAAAACCUGAAACACAAGGGUAUCAUCAAGUUGAGAUUGCAUAUUUCGAAUAUAGUCGAUAAAGGUCUUCUACGCUGCGUGUGUAGCUGAUUCCGAGGGUGAUACAUCCCUCGGGCAACGUAGAGGAUUUUUACGUUCGCCCACAAACAGUCGUACGUCAUCGGUCCACGGAAUUCGCUCCACGCAGCGGUGGACAUAUUUUUUUUACCUAACUUUCAGUAACAAAACCCAUUUCGUUAUAACAUGAUUGUUCUGUCAGAUGAAACUAUUGAGGUAUGAUUAUUUUAGCAAAGUUUAUAAUGAAUGUUUUAUUUAGGUCUGCUCUGUGUAUGUAGCUAAAUUGGUCAAGCAAUAGCUUUUACGUGAUAUUUGUGAUCGUAAAUAGUUAUUUUUAGUUAGUUCAGCAUGCAGUAGUUGUAUGCAUGCACAGGUCGUUUCUAUGUUCUCGAAUCAACGUACUUCAUAAAUACAGGAUGUGAAGUCGGCAAAAACUAUUGAAGUCCAAACACCCACUGCCCGGAACUCGUUAUCUUUUUCGGAAAUGCAAGUAAUUUCUCCUUAUUUUUUCUUUUUCGCACUGAUUACUACUUCGAUUCUUUAAAAUAAUUCACUAAAGUUUCACCAGUUUUAAACUCAGAAGAAUGAUCUCCUGAAAUCAAUGUUAUCUAAAGUUUAGAUAACAUUGAUUAGAUUCUAAACUUUUGCCAACUACCUUACAGUCUGUAUUUUUCUCGCAUAUGGUAACGCCAUCUACAUCACUGAAUUUGAAUCGAAGCGUAUCUACGCCCCUCGGCGCUUUAUCAGUUUGUUGUUUCUUCUUUCUUUCUUCUUCAAUUAAUAAAUUAAUAUUCCAACUUUUUGUGACAGAUGAUAUUUAUUUUACUCGUACAAGCGACUGCCACCGAUUUGCCCCACCACACGCUGCUCGUUCAGUAAGCUUCAGAUAACAUGUUUAUAAUAUACUAUUAGUAAUGUAUAGAAACGUAGCAGUAUUGGUUGGCCUAUGUUUAAAAUUUACAGGGAAAGAUCACCCUGUGUAUAGUAUUUAUCUGUUACAAUAUUCGGAUCGAUUGAUAAGUAGGUAUUGAUGCUGUUGCGUGCAUGACAUACUACUUUAUAUCCGAAGGUUUUUACCAUUGUGUAUAAUCUUUGUAAUAAAUUGAUGUAUGUUGUAUGUCGAUGUAUGUGGGUUUUGACUAUUUUGAAUACUUAUGUAGGUAUUCACUUUGAAAGUGUAUUAUAAAGUUGUAUACUUAUGCUUGGACGUGUUAGUAAAUAAAUAAUCGAUAUUUACUGUUGAA